AUGAAGCGAUCAGACGAGAACAUUUCCAAUUACCAACGGUUGAAGAAAAAGGAAAUAGCGUCUCGAGUAUCUGGUGCGAAAGUGUUCUCCAAACUAGAUGCACAACAUGGUUAUUGGCAGAUACCAUUGGAUGAGCAAAGCCAACUUCUAACGACGUUCAGCACACCAUUUGGCAGAUAUUGUUUCACGAGAAUGCCUUUGGGCAUAAAAUCUGCGCAGGAAGUUUUCCAGAAGAGAAUUUCGCAGCAUCUUGAUGACAUCGAAGGCGUAGCCACUGAGAUUGAUGACAUACUCAUUUGGGGAUCUGAUGAACAAGAGCACGACGCACGGUUAGAAGCCACCUUACAACGAUGUGAAGAAAUAAACCUCACCUUAAAUGUAGACAAGUGGAAGUUCAAUGUGUACGAAGUAUCGUAUUCUUGUCACAACUUACGAAAGACGGUGUGAAACCUGAUGAGUCGAAGAUUAAAGCAAUUCAAGAUAUGCCAACAUCCUCGUCGAAGAAGGAGAUUGAAAGAUUACUUGGAACUGUAAAUUACUUAGAAAAAUGUGUACCUAACCUAGCAACGAUAACAGCGCCAAUCAGAGAACUGCUGAAGAAAGAUAUCGAGUUCUAUUGGUCGCACGAGCAGACAAAAGCUCUUGAUGAGAUUAAAGAAAUUCUUACCCAGCAACCAGUUCUAAAGCUUUUCUAUCCAACUAUACCGGUUAUAGUGCGUUGUGAUGCCUCGCAGAAUGGACUUGGUGCAGUUCUGAUCCAGGAAGAACAACCAAUUGCCUAUGCGUCUCGUUCUAUGACUGAAUCAGAAACUAGAUACGCACAGAUUGAGAAAGAACUGCUCUCUGUUCUAUUUGCUCUUGAAAGAUUCAAUGCGUAA